CUUCACGCCAAGAUGAACAGAUUCCAUACACUGUUUGUCGACGACAUCGUGACAUUUCAACAAAUAUUCGAGAUUCGUGCGCGUGCGCGUGCGCGUCCGUGCGUGCGUACGACUGUGGGUGUGAACUUGAACUGACGGAGCAGGAAUUCCAACAGAAAUCUUCAGUGAGUCAGUGUUGGAAGGCGGAAGAGAAAAUCAUGAGGACCAUGACUUGACAUACAGGUGUAGACGGACACAAGAUGGCAGGAGUAACUUUAUGUAACAUGGCUGGCUGUACAAUAACAAUAUUGUCUAUGCUGAUGAUCGUUCUCCCACUCCUGGGUAGUGUACAGGGCUGUAAUGUAGCAGGAAGCAGUUAUCAUAAUGGAAAAUGUUACUUUGUGAACACUAACGCAACGAUGUGGCAGAGCGCCAUGGAACAUUGUAAGAAUACUUGCAACGGUAGACUGGCUGUGGUUAAAGACAAUGACACCCAAAUAUUUCUACAUAAACUGACAUCAUCAGAGGUUUGGCUGGGUGGCAAGGAGGUGAAUUUAACAGACUGGAUGUGGAUAGAUCAAGAGGGAACGUUACAUGCAACAACAUAUACGCACUGGAGAGGUCAAUCUUCUGGUAUAGCACAACAACCAGAUACAUAUCAUGGACAAAAGUUCCAGCCUGCAGUAGCUCUAAUGAGGGUUGAUAACACCCAAGUCAAGUUCCCUUGGGUGGACAGAGAAUACUUACAGACACAGGAAUCUGGUGUCAUCUGUGAAGCAGACCAGAAAAGCGAAUUAUGUAAAGGUCAUCAUAGUUUCCAGUGGAUUCAAAACAACAGCAGAUGGACAGAUAUAAAGGGUGGCGCAUGUGUUUUUAUCAGUAUCCAAUCUGAAAUGGUGACCUGGCUUGAAGGUCAUAGGUUAUGCAAAGAAGCUGGAGGAAAACUUCUGAAGAUAGACAACGACACAGUGCAGAAAAACUUGGAAAAUAGACUAAACAAUAACAGUGGGCCCCGGUAUUAUUGGAUUGGAUUGGUUCACAGUCAAUGGAGAUGGGUGGACGAAUAUCCCAUUAACCUGAUGUUUUGGAGACCGACCAUGUAUCCACCACAUCACGUAGGACCAACGUGUCUUGCACUGGAAGGAGCUGCAAGUGACGUCACCAGAAGCUGGGUGAUGAAAAAAUGCAGCGAGAAACUGCCAUUUAUCUGUGAAUAUCCACUAGACCUAACAAUUUGGUCAACUACUACGUCCGCGAAAGGAGGUCCUCCGGUUACAUCAGGUACUGAAGUGCCCCAUACUGGUAGGUAUACAGGUAAACCAAUGUCUCCUGGGAUGAUAGCAGGUAUUGCUGUAGGAGGGUGUUCAGUAGUGAUCAUCUUGGUAAUUGUCGGCGUCGGCUUUUGGUGGAGGAGGAAAAGAAGGACUAAUACACAUAUCACCAAGGCCUCUGUUCAAUAUACCGACGAGGCAGCUGGGUCUUACUAUGACCAUGUUGCGACAGAAGACGGUCUGGAUUCCCAGACACCGAAAAGAGAAACUCGUCCUUAUUACAAGGGAUUGGUAACUAGGGCAGCUUACGAUUCAAAACAGGCAAAACAUGGCGGACAAGCACAAACAGGAUCUGCUGAAACUGACAACGUCACGAAUGAAAACAUCGUGGUAGGAGGCACAAAUGGCGUCGGUGCUGGGCAUAUAGUUUCAGACAGAAACAGCAACAUGAUAGAAAGCGGAACUUACUCAAGUAUUGACCGCGAUGAUGGAGCAGAUUUAAACGCAGAUUUCGGGCGAAGUUUUGGCACCUACUCUACUAUGGAUGACGUCAACGUUGCUCCUCAGUUUACGUCAAUAAACGCUACCGAAGGCAUGGGACGUGAGCCUCCGUCCAGCGACAAUGGCAGUGGCAAUAAAGUCACUGACAGCGCUUUAAGUGAAGACGACAUUUCCCAACUUUAUGGAAAAGUAGACAAGACAAAAAAGAAAAAAUAUCGUCAACAGCAUGAAGGAAAUCCAGACGAUACCAUUGACGAAAUAGAGAUGACAGAAAAUGAUAUAUACGGGGAAUGAGCAGUAGUUUCUUUUGUAUUUUAGGAGAUCAAAGGAUUUAAAGGCCAGCUAAUACUUUUACUCCUCAAAAUCACCAGUAUACCUAUGAAAUGCUUUACAAUAAAUCUGUAACCCGCAUAGUAGUGUGCUUUAUCGUAUAAUGGAAGCUUCAGCAUAUUCUGACCCGACAAAACACUUUAGACUACUUGAGGAAUAUGCCUGGCCUCUCUUUAUUCUUUUAUUGUUUAUAGCAACCACUAAA